UUAAUCAUCAAUGUUAAAAAUUUCUUUUUUAAUGUAUGUUUUAUGGCUCUGGAUAUACAUCCUUUUGAACCUGCUUAUUUCCGCUUUCUUCUAGUGUUUCUAAUUUCUCGAUUGGGAGGAGAAAUGUUUGUUAGAAAUGGGUUUUAACAGCCCCAUUGCUAGCAAUAUAUCCUAUCAGGUCGACCUCCACGCGGUUUCCCCUGGAAAUCCUUGUUGUUAAUUUUUGUCGAAUUCUUUACAAUGGGCCAACUGAUCUACUUUUAUCGUCAUCUUUCAUUCGUCACGGGUGCCCCGUCAGCGUAUACCAUUAGCACAGGCGAGGUUACCAUUCCAUUUAUGCACAUCGAUUUCCAUUUUUACCUACUAUUGAACAUAAGCACCUACGGACAAUCUUCUUACGAUUUUACUCCAAUAAAUUAUUAAUUUGAGGUCUAAUUUACAUAAUAUAAAUGGUAACUUUUUAAAGCGUAAUCAUAUUUACUAUUGCUAUGACAACAUAUUUUGUUUACGAGUACUGUCAUACGUGCAAUGCUUGAAUUACAGCAAGAUUGAUUAAGAAUUAUACAUUUGUAUUUGUUACUACGUUUUAAUUUUGAUAAUUAUGUCGAUUCGAAAUCCACGGCUACCUCUUUUACCUGGAUAUGGGUCUAAUCCAUUGAUAGGAAAGAAGAAUUUUGGCGUGCGUCCUAUAUUUACAACUAUCGACAAAGUGAACAUGUUAGUAGAUAAAACCGAGGGUGUGAACAGAGUACCAUCUUUAUAUUGUCGUAAGCAAGCACCCGAGCUUCCAACGUGGAUCAUAUAUGAUAAGCAUAUAUUGCGCUUUCAAGCAUUUUUUCAACAAACUCUUCAUGAAAUGCGAUCUGCCUCUCAUAUAUUACGUAAGGUGGAUAUUUUCUUCUUUCUUGAGGAUGGUACGAUAAAAGUCAUGGAGCCAAAAACUGAAAAUAGUGGUUUAUCUCAAGGAACACUUAUAAGCCGUCAAAGAAUACAUCUACCGUUUAGUUCCGAUUUGUACUACGAUGUUCUGGAUUUGAAUAUUGGACGUGAAGUUACAUUUUUCGGUAAAGUGUUUAAAAUCGUAAACUGCGAUAACUUUUCAAGAGUAUUCUUAAAUCGUCUUGGGAUCAACGUCCCUGAUCCAAUUCCUUGGCCAGAUGCUAUAGAGAGAACACCUGAUUCUGAUCGUGUACCAAAGCAUAGGCCAUUUAGACAGUUUUUGGAUUUUGAUAGACAAGUCUUGAGGUUCUAUGGUUAUUGGGAUGAUAGGGAAUCAGAGUUUGGAGUCGUACAUAAUCUAGAAAUUCAUUACUUUUUAGCAGAUGACACAAUAGAAAUUAAAGAAGUGUAUCCACCGAAUUCAGGUACAGAAGGUGGUCCGAUGUUCCUCAAGAGAAUGCGGCUGCCCAGAAACAUUCCUGCACAGAUUCAAAUGACUGGUGGUCCGCCAACUUCAUCGUACUCUCCUGGAGAUUUAAGUAUCGGGGCAGUGCUUAACGUUUUCGGACGCAAGGUUGUUCUGACAGAUUGUGAUCCCUAUACUAAGGAAUAUUAUCGCAUUACAUAUGGGUUUGAUGCCUUUACCCCUUUGCCAAUUUCACAUAAUGAAGGUACUGAAUGCCUUGGCACUAAUAUGGCUGAGCGACAACUACCACCAUGGAAUGGCUACGGGUCGUAUGACGACUCGGCAGAGAAUUGUCGCACAAUAGAACCUAAAGCACCUCAUAAGGAUUUCAUGAAAUUUCUUCACAAAGAUAGGGUAGGAUUUAAUUCCCAUACGUUACGGUUUGCGGCCCGUCUUAUUAAUGAUAAUCCUGAAGAUGCACGACGAUAUUUUAUAAUAAAAUAUUUUCUUUGUGACGAUACAAUUGGAGUUUUUGAACUUUGCGAACGUAAUUCUGGGUUUAAGGGAGGCAAGUUUUUCCGUCGUGAUAAGAUGUAUCUGCCUGGCGUUGAGUUUUUCGUGCCCAAAGAACCGCCUUCCUAUACUGAUAAAGAUAUGUGGGUUGGUAAUGAGCUGGUGAUCAAUAAACAUCGUUUUAGAUUGGUCGCAGCUGAUGAGUAUGCACUUCGAUAUAUGGAGGUUAAUGAGUAUCCAAUGGCAAAUGUACCGUUGAUUAUGGAUAAAAUUCGACGAACAUUGGUGUCUCAGGAAAAUGGUUAUAAAAAUUUUGUAGCGAAAUAUAUGGAAGCGGUAUUGCCAUAUCAGAAGGAACUAAUGCCUGUAAGAUGUUUCAAGCAAGCACUUAAAGAAAUUAUGUGCGAAAAGAUGACGGAACAUGAAUUUCUGACUAUAAUACGACAUUUUCGUGGUGAUCUUGGUAAAGAAAGAAGUCCUCGGAGGGAAAUGAUUAGGUCUUUGGUAUUUACGGAAUUGACGCGUGGAUUAUGGGAUGACCGAGAACGACUGUGCGAGGGUCUGAAGCAUGCUGAUGAAGCGGGCUGUGGAGUGCUGCCAGUGCAUCGCUUGAGACAAUUGCUGCGUGCUCACCGUCUACCACUUAACGUUGAUCUAAUGGACUGCAUGCUACAAGUGCUACAAAAGGAUGAAAACUGCAAUAUCUUAUGCGAUGAUUUGAUGUCAUUUCUUGAUUUCCAAACACGCCCCGUAUUCAACCUGACUGAAGAUGAUUAUCAGAAGGUAGUUAGGCAUGCGCCACCAGUUAAAGAUACAGAGUGCAAGUUGUGGGCAGAGGCGGAGACCCUGAUUCAUGAGGGUUUCGUCAACUGGAACGCAUUCCUCUGUCAACUGAAUCUGGAGCAUCUCGUGAAGGAUGAAUCAUAGCUGUUCUGUACUCCUUUUCAUUAAAGUGAGCGAAAUAUUGUUCAAAUAGAUGAUGCUAAAAUUAUGGAGUUACCUACAAUGUGUUCACUUUUAUAAUGCUCGUAUUUGAUAUUAAUUAUUUGUAUUUGGAAAUUUUUACAUGUAAAAAUAAUGACGCCGUAAAGGUUUCAAUUUAUAUAUUUUUAGCAAUCACAAUAAAUACAAUUGAAUAAUUUU